AUGGCUCCCUUUGUCGAAGCUCUGAGAAGCCACGGCCCGUUUCUGGGCACCUUUGUCUCGCUGACCUCGACAUUAUCAGCUGCGAUAGUUGGCGCCUCAGGCUAUGACUGCGUGAUCAUUGACAUGGAGCAUGCCCCCACCUCAGCUCUGGAAGCCACACAUGUUGUCCACACGCUUGGUUCGGCGUCCAAGGGCACCUGUCUGCCUCUGGUCCGGGUGCCGUCCCACGGCGUAGAAUGGAUCAAAUGGGGCCUCGACAGCGGCGCCGCCGGCAUUGUUGUCCCCAUGGUGAACACGGUCGAAGAAGUCCGUCAAAUUGUCCAGAGGGCUCGCUAUCCGCCCCUUGGCCAGCGAAGCUAUGGGCCAGCCUAUGCGCCCUUUGCGGAUCCGGCAUCCGAUCGAUCGGCGGGUCAGUACUUUAACAACACAGCACCAGGACUAGCAGUCUUGCCUAUGAUUGAGUCUGCAACUGGAGUUGAGAACGCGGAUGCCAUUCUCGCAACGGAAGGUGUCAGCGGCGCAUUUGUUGGGCCUUUCGAUCUGCGGUGUUCGCUAGGCCUCCCUGGUGGUGACGGGAAAGAGGAUCGCUUCCUUGAUGCCCUGAAACGGAUCGUCGCAGCGGCCAAGAAGGUCGGCAAGCCUGUUGGUAUCUACACAGGGUCCAAGGAACAGAUGGAGCGCAACUUGAGCCUGGGCUUCGAGUACAUUCUUUAUCAGGGUGAUUCGUCCCUCCUUGCGACAGCGGCCAGGGCUUCUGUGGAGGAAGGAAGAGCAAUCAUUAAGCAGGCAAAACCUUCGUAUACUCGAUGA